AUGCAGCUCAACACGAUCCUCGCGGCGCUGUUCGCAGGCGCCGUGGUGGCCGACAGCGCUUCCAUCAACUUUGAUGCGGCCAUCACCAACGGGGCGACUGUCGUCUACUCGACUCGCGUCCAGACCGUUUUCUCCUGCGGCCCAGAUGUCACCGACUGCCCAACGCUCACGUCCGUCAUCGACAAGACUACGACCAUCUGUCCAGUCACCGCAUCUCUCGGCAUUUCGACUGAAACGACUGCUUCCUCUUCCGGCGGCUCGACCGUAACUGUCACCAAGACCGCCGCCGUCUCCUCCACUGCUGUCUCCUCCACGGCCGUCUCUUCCACGGCUGCUCCGUCGACUGCACCGCCAAAGGUGCCCGUGCCACUACAUACGACCCUCGGAUCUCCCGAGACAACUAGCACAGUCGCAACCACUACCGUUGUCAAGUACACCUCAUUCGUCUUCAGCACGGUGACCGCUCCGGCCAACUUCUCGAGCACUAUUAGUGGCUCGACCAUUUCUGCCAACAGCACUAUCGCGCACACUACCGUGUCCGGAAGCAUUGGUGCUCCGACUAGCUCGCUGAACGGCACUUUGUCGACGGCCACCGCUCCAGGUACUAGCCCGUCUCAAUCGAUCGUCCCAUAUACUGGCGCCGCCGCUGGAACAUCAAGCUCGCUUCUCUUGGUCCUGGUCGCGGCCGCUGCGGCGUUCCGCAUCUAA